AUGGCCAGCGCCGGCCUCCUCCAGACCAGUCUGAUCUGGGUCACCUACGCCGCCGUCAUCGCCCUCUGCCUCCUCAUUGCCUCCAUCACGACCUUCACGUGGCAAGCCCCCCGCGACCGAUCGGCCCUCGUCAGCACUGUCGCCAUUGUCAGCUUGACCGCCCUGCUCGCCACCAUCCUCCUGCUGCCUGUCGACAUUGCCCUCGUGUCGUCCACGACAUCGGCCACCCUCGGCGUCAAGAAGGACUGGGCCACCGAAAGUCGCGUCCACAACAUCCUCCAGACUCUUCGCAUCGUCUACUACUCGCUCUACAGCUUCGACGCCCUGCUGUGUCUCCUCGUCAUCCCCUUCACCUACUUCUUCUACGAGGAGUACGACGAGAUCGAAGACGAGGAGGGAACCCGACCCUUUGCCGCCCGUCUUGUCAGCGCCCUGAAAUACACGGCCGUCUUUGUCGCUCUCGUGUUGAUCCUCUUCCUCGUCGGCUUCUUCGUGCCCGCCGCCGGCCACGAUUCCAAGGCAGGCUGGGAUCUCGACUACUUCCAGCGACUCCUCGCCGAGAACAAUGGACAGAAGGCCCUGGCGUUCACCCUCGGCCUCCUCGUCACCCUCGGCACCCUUCUCUACGUCGUCUACACGGCCGCCGGACUGGCCCUGCUCCCCAUGUCCUUCAUCAAAUCGGCACCCGCCAUCUCGGCGCCCCAGCUCACCGAGUCGACCGCCACCGCCCUGGAGCAGAACCAGGAGCGCCAGCGUCAGCUCGAGAUGCGCAAUGCGGGCCGCCAGGACGGCAUGCCCUCCAAGGACCGCCGCGAGCUCGAGGCCCUCAUGCGCGAGGAGCGCACGCUGCGCCGUCGUGAGCGCAUCGCCGCCGAGGCCUCGGGCGAGGGACGCAGCAAGAUCUACCAGGUCUGGCUCAAGGUCUGCGCCGUGUUCCGUCCCGUCAAGCUGCUCGGCGGCAUCCUCCUGCUCCUCAUUGCCCUCUUCAUCUGGGUCUCCAUGCUCAUCACGGGCAUUGACAAGGCCAAGAACUCCCUCUGCAAGCAGCGCUGCGGCUACAUCCUCGGUCACCUCAACAUUUUCCAGCCCAUCAACUGGGUCUUCCUCAAGUCGGCUCGCGCCUUCCCCGUCGACUACAUCCUCAUGACCCUCCUCGUCCUGUUCCUCUUCAGCAGCUCCAUCACCGGCAUCGCCGCCGUCGGCAUCCGCUUCCUCUGGGUCCGCAUCUUCCAGAUCCGCAAGGGCCGCACGGCGCCGCAGGCCCUGCUCAUCGCCACCGUCAUGCUGGCCCUCAUCAUCCUCGCCAUCAACUACUCGAUCACCAUGCUCAUCGCGCCCCAGUACUCCAUCUACGGCACCCAGACCUGGUGCUCGGCGCCGCACGGCCAGGGCGAGCUGCCCGACUGCCGCGACCGCCCCGACUACGUCGUCAGCUGCUCCGAGGCCCUGUCCAAGGAGGCCCGCAGCGUGUGCACGCCGUCCGUCAUGUCCGAGUUCCUCAACCGCGUCACCAUCACGUGGCCCUUUUUCGGCGCCGUCGCCUUCUGGGCCCAGUUCGCCUUUCUCGCCGUCUUCCUCGUCGUCUUCGUCACCGGCCUCUUCCGCACCCCCAAGCUCAACCUGUCCGAGCUCGACGAGGACGCCGAGGCCGACGAGGAGGAGGGCCUGCUGGCCAGCACCGGGCGCCGCUUUGGCGCCACCUGGCAGGACAUCACCGGGCGCACGGGGCGCAACGGCGACUACGGCACCCAGGGCGCGUCCACGCAGUAG